GUUCAGGACACCUCGUGAAUAAAAGUGUUCACACGUUACAACAUGGCAGCUGUUUCAAUGAGUACGUGGAGCUGUUUGACCAAGGAGAGUUUCUAUUCAUGGAUACUUCUUUAUGUGCUCUCUUUCGUGACUAUAGAAACAGCCGCUGCUGCUCCAGAGAAGGGGUUCUGGAAAAUUACGGCUUUAAGUACCUCAAGACCGCUGCUGUUAAGGAAGUCCAUGUUCAAAGACACUAACAUUGAAUUGAAAGUUGUGUCAUUUGGCUGCCCCGAGGAGGUAACAUUCACCAUUCAGUGGUAUUUGAAAUACUACCCAUGUCACAAUGAUUUCAAUAACAUUGAUGAAAUAUAUGAGCGAACACCACUGAGUCGCGGGCAGAGCCUUGAUCCAAAUCCCCUCAUAAAAGGAGAGUACAUCGAGCACAAACACAAACCUAUAACAUGUAACAGUGAUGUGCGCUCCUUUCCAAUGUUUAAAAAAGCCAAAGCAGAGCCACGAGCUGUCAGUCCACCUGUUGAGGGAAAAGAGUUGGAUGAAAAUGACAUCAGGUGGAUUACUGAAGAGUUCGACAGCGGCACAGUGGCAAAUAGCAGCACAGUGGUCAAAAACAAAGACAAUAUCAUAGCCUCCACGUGGAAGGAUGGGCCUUACCUACUUGUGGUGAAGAUUGUGUCCAGUAAACAAGAUGCUAACUGGAACUUAACUUUCAAUGUGGUGAUGAAAGGCCGGCGUGGCUACAUUUCCAUCACAGAAUACCCUCUCAUGAUUUUCUACAUGGUGAUGUGCGUGGUGUACAUCCUGUUUGCCCUGUUGUGGUUCAUUUGGGCUGCCUGCUACUGGAAAGAUAUACUGAGGAUCCAGUUUUGGAUCGCAGGGGUCAUAUUCCUGGGGAUGGUGGAGAAGGCGGUCUUUUGUGCUGAAUAUGAAAACACCAACAUGGUUGGCUCUGCCUCUCCAGGCCUGCUGAUUUUUGCCGAGCUGGUCUCGGCCCUCAAGAGAACGAUAGCCCGCUUGCUCGUCAUCAUCGUCAGCCUCGGCUAUGGCAUUGUAAAGCCUCGAUUGGGGACAGUAAUGCACCGAGUGAUUGGUCUCGGUGUUCUCUACUUUAUCUUUGCUGCCAUUGAAGGCGUACUGAGGAUAACUGGGGCAAAAGACUCUGACUUGGCCCUACUAGCCAACAUUCCCUUGGCUCUGCUUGACUCCUCUCUAUGCUGUUACAUAUUUGUCAGCCUGGCUCAAACCAUCAAGACUCUCAAGCUGAGAAAAAACCCAGUGAAGUUGUCCCUCUACAGACACUUCACCAACACACUCAUAUUUGCAGUCAUCGCUUCCAUCAUUUUCAUGGGUUGGACAGCAAAGAAAUUCCGUCUUGCCGAUUGCCAGUUGGAUUGGAUUGAGCUGUGGGUGGAAGAUGCUUUCUGGAGGUUUUUGUUCUCCCUCAUUCUUCUUGUCAUAAUGUUCCUGUGGAGACCGUCUGCAAACAACCAAAGGUACGCCUUCACACCUCUCAUUGACGACUCAGAUGAUGAGGAAAUUGAGGAAUUUAUUGCCUCUGCAAACAUCGCCGGCAUUAAACUGAGAGCCACAAAAAAUGAGACAAAUGGUGUCGUGAAAUCACAGGAAACAAACAUGGAAGAAGACUUGAAGUGGGUGGAGGAAAACAUUGCAAGCUCUCUCACUGAUGUAGCUCUGCCGGUCUUGCUCGACUCUGAUGAGGAAAUCAUGACGACCAAGUACGAGAUGUCCAAGCUGGAAUGAGGAAAAACCUUUGAAGCUCUCAGGAAGAUGAGUGGCUCGUCGUGACUCUGCGGCUGUCUUUAGUGCAGAAUGACACCUUAUUGCAGGUGCCAAGCCUUUGGGGAUCUUGACUAUUGCGCCCCCCCCCCCCCCAACAACUGGUUUCUCUCUACCCGACAGAAUCAGUUUGAGCCUUUCUUUUCCAAAGAGAUGCCAUUAUUUAAUAUUACGUGCUGUAUUUAUUUGCAUUAUGUCUACAAGAGUUGUUGUUUUUUUUAGAAGUAAAAAGAGAGGGCCCCAUGCAUGAGCAUGCUAACAGAUCCAUUUUGCUUCUAUGCACUUUUACCAUCAAAACAGUGCCUCCAAUGUUGUUCUUGUAUGAGGCCUGAUGUCAUGAUCCAGUCGUCUCAGUAUUGAUGUGUCAUUCAAUGUGGGAGUGGGAAGAUUUGAAGACAAAGUCAUUUGUACAAUUGAACCGCAAGUGUGUUCAGUAGUUUGAUAAUAGGAGGGUCUUCUUGUGUGGGUGUGUCGAUGAAGCAAUAUACUGUAUGUGUAUGAAUUGUGUCGUUCUUAUUUAUUUGCAAUGAAAGUGUACUUAAAAGAAAUGUGCACGCCAAGUUUACUCCUAUUUUGUUUACACUGUCUUCUUCGGAGCUGGACUAAUCUCAAUGUACUGGGAAAAUGGCAAUUUGUUUCUUUUCAUGACCAAUUUUGCUUUCUGUGCUUGUUUUCUUUUUUUUUCAAGUUAUUGUUGGAAAAUGUCUGCUAGAUGGUGUUAUUGUAAUCGGGAGUAGGGACACUGUUGUCAUGCUGUGUGGGAUGCUUUCAGUGAUUAGCAAAAGCACAAGCUGAUCACAUCAAGGUUAUUACCCUUUAAUGUCAAUGUUGACGAUCGUUACCAUUUUAAGGGUCGUCGGAAACGCAAUACUUUAUGUGUUUAUGAUGGCAAACGGUCAGUCCUUGGGUAAUACGAAUUACAGACACCUGCACCUUGCCUGAUUUCAUAAUUCUGCCUGAGUUAUGAGGAUUACAGAAGGUAUUUUUUGUUGUUGUUUGGUUUUUAUUAAGAUUAUUUUUCAUGUAUUUUUUUUCUUACCUUUUCCAAGUUGGGAAGUGUUUAAGAUUAUAUUCCGGAUUAUGUUGGUUUCCUGGACUAUAAUUUUCUCUGUUAUUACUGCAAUAAAAUUAAUUAUUUUA